UCUGGUUGGUGCCUUACAAAAUGGGCGUCUCUCAAACGCUGCUUUCAGACGUCUAUGGUUCCUCAAAAGUCUGCACAAACAGCCGGUCACCACUGGAGAUUGGACUAACAUCAACGAGUGAGAGAAACAUAUUUCAGCAUGGCAACCAUGUCGACAGACCAGAAUAAUACACAACCUGUUCCUCAGCUGCUGUCAGUCGGAGAAAAGGAAAAGAAACGUCUUCUAGAGGUGUACGUUAAGCGAAGUCUCAGCCUUAACGAUGGAUCACAGAGUACUCCCAGAAAGGAGCAGAGAUCACACAAAUGGGUUCCCAUCGUCGAGAAAAAGACAAGAGAUCGCAGACAUUCCAGCGAUACAUCUCUGAACUUAACUUCACAAGCCUCAAUCUCGGAUGAAGACAUUAGAUUUGAAUCCAUUCCUGAAACGCCACUGGACAAAAAAGAGACACAGUCUGAGAAGAAAUCUAAAAAGCGGGGAGUUAAGGAGAGUUUGCGGCAGAAUGAUGGAUCUAAUGCGUCUCAGAAGUCCAAUGGCAAAUCCAAGAAGUGGUUUCAACGUUUGGAUAAGGGCAAGGAGGAAGGUGGUCAAAUCAGUGAGGCUUUACCCACUCAAACAAAUACAGUUACUGCUGGAGAUAAUAAUGCAAAGGUGCUCGAAAAUGCAGAGUCGUCUACAGUGGAAAAGAAAGAAAAGAAGGCAAAGAAACCCACAGUGUGGAAGAGUUUCUUGAGUUGGUUCACCAAAGAAAACACUGAAAAGGAACAAGAACAUCAGAGAACUGAAGAAGAUGCUCCACACACCAAACCCUCUUCACCUCAGAUCUCCUGCUUGCCUUUAGCCGAUGCCCUGUCCAAAACUGACAACAACAUACGCCGUUCGAAACCUUUGAAAAAGAAAAAGUCGUUUAAAUGGAGGCGAAGCGGAGAUACGUCAACUGCUAAAUCUGUGGAGAUGGUGGAACACAGCAAUUCAUACUACGAGAAAAUGUCAGAGGAACUGGAGAAAAUUGUGCAUGAAGUGAAAGACAGUCCAACCGAUGACAAUCCCACUUCUCCACCAACAGCCCAGAAUGCCUGCGCAGAAGUCUCUCAAGAAGAGGCUAUCAGGAGAAUCAUAGAACUGAUAAAGCAGCAAGGAGACAAAAUAAAUGACACGCUGAAGGAAAAUAAAUGUGUAUUGCCUAAAUGGCCAUUCAUUAUACAUAUUUUUAAUUAUUGAGACUAAAAAUAUGUGCUUAUUAUGUUACCUAUUAUGUUACAUAUGUGUUUAUAUAUACUUGUAGCUAAUAUAUUAGAACAUAUAUGGACAUAUUUUAAAUUCUAAUAGUUGAAGAACAAAAUGAAAUUGCCAUUUUUGCAAUAUGCAUAUGAUAUAUACACACCCAAUCAAUAGUUUGGGGUCAGUUUUUUUUUUUCUUUUUUUAAAGAAAAUUAUUUUGUUUAUCAAGGUGGCAUUUAUUAAAUGUAAAAAAAAAUGUAAAUACUUAUUUAUUAAAUGUUUAUUUAUGACUUAUUGUAUGUAGUUUCAAAUGAAGUUAUUACUCCAGUCAGGAUCACGUGAGUGAUGAAGCUGAAAGUUCUUCUUUAAAAUCACUGGAAUAAAUUAUUCUAUUAAUAUAUAAACUACUUUUGAACAGUUAUUUUUAUAGUGCAAUAAUAUUUCACAAUUUGUACUGUAUUGUUGAUUACAUAAAUGGAGCUUUGAUGAGCAGGAUUAGCUCAUUUUAAAACAUUUAAAACAUCCCACUGACCCCAAACUUUCGGUAGUGUAUCUGAAAUCAAAAUCUGAACUUGUAUGUCAUUUGCAUAUAUUUCCAUAUAUCUGAUUUCUAUAUGGGAAUGUGGCAUCAUAAAGGGAACGAGAUUUUAAAAUGUAUUUUGCACAGCAACACAAAUAUUGUGUUAACAUGCCAGAUUACUGUGAAAUCCAUGCAAGACUGUGAAUAUUCAACAUUCGUGAAUAAUAUUUUUUUAAAGAAACCAGCACUUAAGAUGAGCUCUUCAUAUGCACAUACUAAAUCUUAAUAUAUAAUGACUUGUUUGUGUUAUUUUGUCAUAAAAACAUGAAGUAAGCUAGGUAAAUCUAAUGUGAAUUGAACAACUGACAAAUUUGCACAGCUUGCAUUUGUUAUUUUUAUUAUAUAAUGUCAUUUUAUCUACACUAUACCUCAAAAUUGUACGUUCUGUUCACUAAGUAUAUUUGUAUGCUAGCUGUAUUGUAACUGUGUAUGCGGGCAUAUGCAGAAUGUUUGCAUCAUAAAGAUUUAAGUAUAUUAAAUAAACUGAGUUUUGUAAA